AUGGCAACUGGAGGCCCGCUUUUCCCAGGGGACUCUGAGAUCGACACCAUCUUCAAGAUCUUUCAGAGGUUGGGAACGCCCAACGAGGCGACCUGGCCAGGGCUGUCGGAGCUGCCUCACUUCAAGCCCACCUUCCCCCACUGGGCUUCGCGGUCCUGGGGGCAGAUCCGCGACACUGCAGCGAAGGUGGGUGCAGAUGGCGUGGACCUGCUCGACCGGCUCACGCGCUACGACCCCAGGCGGCGAAUCACAGCGCAGCGCGCGCUGGAGCACCCGUACUUCCGGGAUGUCGACCGCAGAGAGAACGCCUAG